AUGCACAUAGUUAUGAAGUUCCAAUUGUUUAAAGUUACAGUGUCAGCAGUAAAAGAGUUAUCUUCUUCAAUAACAUUUUUAUUAAUAAUUGAAAAUCUUUUAAUUCCAUUAGGUUUUUUCUGGUGGUUUGUGGUGGAUGAUUAUGUAAACCUCUACAUAUUAUCAAAAUGCAAGGGCAUUGUUUUAAAUCAUAUUGAGUUAAAAGAGUGA